CGCAUCUGGCAAUCAUCUCCCAUGACUCCACCUCAACCUCUCGCUGCCUCUCUGCUUUUCCUCUCACCUAAUUAUACUUGAAGCGAAAGCCAAGCCAAGAAUCCAAAAAGAAAGAAGAAGAGCAACACCUUUUCAAGAAAACUGCUGAGAUCGAGAAGUGGGAAUAGAUCGUUGCUUGAUACCACUUGUUUCUCCCGGAUCGCUUCUGGGCGAGAUCCAAGGAGGCGCGGAGCGAAUCGGAGCGGUCUGAUCUCAUUGAUCCGACGGCGAUGGGUCUCUCGAGCUUGCCGACGCCCUCGGAGGGCGUCUUGACCCUCCUUCUAGCGAACACCGCCCUCACCGUCUCCAUCUUGAAGGGGCUCGCCCGCUCCGUCCUCCACGUUCUCGGCUUCCGCCCCUUUCCCCCGGCGCCGGACCCGGCCGUGCCCGCCUUCGACUGGUUCUCGGAGCCCACACUCACGGAGCGGUUCCGGAGCAGGUUCCAGCCCAUCCGGUUCGGGUCGGCCUUCGGGCGGCGGCGCCAGCAGGCGGUCGACUGCCGGGUUUGCCUGGCCCGGUUCGAGCCGGAAUCGGUGGUGAACCGGCUCCCCUGUGGCCACCUCUUCCACAAGGCCUGCCUCGAGCGCUGGCUCGACUACCACCACGCCACGUGUCCUCUCUGUCGGUCCCACCUCCUCCCCGCCGACGAGCCAUCCACCGCCGCCUCUUCUUCGCCCUUUUAUUAGGACCACCGUGACAGGGUUCGAAGAAGUAUUUGGUGUGGUGACGAUACACGGUAUCUUUCCGUAGGAGUUUUUCGUGGUUUUUUUAUGCUGCCGUUGUGGUUUUACUUCUUGUAGAUGUCCGACGAGUGCUGCGUGUACAGGUGCUAACUUUCUAAAAGGAAUUUAUUCUAUUUUUAGAAGGAACUAGAAUGCUCGUUUUCUAAUUUUGGAUAUUUGUUUAGUCCUUUUCAUCAUCGGUUUAUGGCUUGGGUGUUUUGAAUCUGAGCUGUUGGCUGUCUUCCGUUAUGGGUGUUUGGAGUUGGAUGAUAUGUGAUAUCACAAUGGCAACAUGGGUAUGUAAUGUUGUUAGUACAUAUUUGUUUUAAUAUAUCAUGUAGCAUGGGAACCGGAGGAUUAUCUCC